AUGUGGAAUGCUGAAGAUUAUUGCAUAGAAUGGCUAAACAAUCAGCUACCGUCAUCGGUCAUUUACGUCUCCUUCGGCAGCAUGAAGGUAUUAUCUCAAAAGCAAAUGGACAACAUAGCCAUAGGGUUGAAAAAGAGCAACAAACCGUUUCUUUGGGUAGUUAAGCCACCGGAGAAAGGCUGCGAGAUGAAAGCCGGUGAACUGCCAUUAGGAUUCUUGGAAGAGACGGAGGGGAUUGGUCUGGUGGUCAAGUGGUGCUCCCAAGAGAAGGUGCUUAUGCACCAAGCGGUGGCUUGCUUUAUGACUCAUUGUGGGUGGAACUCGACGCUGGAGACGGUGGUCGCCGGGGUCCCCGUUAUUGCUUAUCCGGAGUGGACGGAUCAGCUGACAAAUGCCAAGCUUUUAACUGAUGUUUUUAAGGUGGGGGUGAGAAUAAGAAAUGGAGAAGACGGGGUUGCUAGCGCCGAGGAGGUGGAGAGGCGCAUUGUAGAGGUUAUUGAUGGGCCAGAGGCAGUGGAGAUAAAGAAGAGGGCGAUGGAGUUGAAGGAGGCUGCCAAGAAAGCAGUGGAGGACGGUGGCUCUUCUAAGCAGAACUUCAAUCGAUUUAUUGAUGAAAUUGCUCGAAAACCUUGCCGUACGGCUGAUCUUUAG